AUGCAUUCUCCUUUUGUUCUGUGUUUGCUCGAGCCUUUCAGCUCGUCUGAUUGGCUUGAGUUUUUUAGAAUUCGUUUUCAAUUUGACAAUGUGUUUGCCUCUUGUAAUAAUAAAAUUUGGCUUUUUUGGAAUAAUGACUUGGCAGUCACAUUUGAGAGUCAGACUGAACAGUGCGUUACGAUAUCUUGUGUGCACUCUACGGUUCUCACGCCUCUCUGGCUCUCUUUUGUUUAUGCCAAGACCACGGUACGCCUCUGGGACCCUUUGUGGGCUAAGCUGAAAGCUGUUUUUUCUAUGAUUCCCGGGGGUGUGCCUUGGGCGGUUGCUGGGGAUUUUAACUCUUUGUUAAGUGUGGACGAGAAAAAAGGUGGGCUUCCGUAUUCACACCGGAAGACUACUGAUUUUCAGGAGUGUGUCAGCGCGUGUGACUUGAUUGAUGCGGCUUAUUACGGCUCCUGUUUCACCUGGUGGAAUGGCCGCCGUAAAGAGGCGGCGAUAUGGAUGCGAUUAGAUCGGCUCCUCUACACCUCGGUGUGGGAGUCGGUUUUUACGUCAUCCGUACGGCAUUUGUCAAAGUCCACGUCUGACCACAGUCCACUUCUAAUAUCUUUUGAGUUGAUAAGUAUGCAGGUAAUCCCGAAGCACUUUGUUUUCCUGAACGUGUGGAUUAAGCACGAGGAUUUUCUGAGGGUGGUGCGAGAUAGCUGGCAGGCCCCGGUAGAGGGGGCCCCUAUGUUUGUAGUAGCCACCAAGCUGAACAGGUUGGGGAAAGUUCUGGGCACGUGGAGCAAGACUGUAUUUGGGGAUAUCUUUGUGAAGCUCCGGGAGUAUGAGGAUAGUGUUCAGACCCUAGAGGCUGCCUUACAGCAACACCCAGAUGAUGAGAAUGUUUUAAUUGAAUAUAAAAAGGGUGUUGCUUUGUUACAGAAACAGGUUGCUAUUGAGGAGGAUUUUUGGAAGCAAAAGGCGCGUAUCACCGAGGUUCAGGAUGGGGAUAGAAACUCCCGGUUCUUUCACUCAGUGGUUAAGGAACGCAGGCGUAAGCUAUAUAUACACAGAGUGAAGGGUGGUGACGGUGUGUGGCUAGAGGAUAGGCAAGGGAUUGCGAAUCAGGCGGUCUCUUUCUUUGAGCAUAUGUUCACCGCGGAGAUUGGGGGUUUUGAUUUGACUAGGCUGGACUGUGUGCCACGGUUGAUUACAGAGGAGGAUAAUGAGGUUUUAACGGCUGUGCCUGAGGUGGAGGAGGUGAAGGCGGUUGUAAUGCAGAUGAACUCUACGAGUGCGGCAGGGCCGGACGGUUUCUCGGGGCCUUUUAUAAGGCUUGCUGGGAUAUUAUUCAGGAGGAUGUUGUCAGUAUGGUUCGGAGUUACUUUGCAGGGCGGGAAUUCACCAGGGCUAUCACGCACACAUCCAUCGUCCUGUUGCCGAAGAAGCCGAGCCCAGAGACUUUCGCGGACUACAGGCCCAUCAGCCUCUGCAAUUUCAGUAGCAAGCUUAUUACGAAGCUCAUGGUAG